GAACGGCUCUGAAGAGCAGCUGCUGCUUCCCUGCAAAGGACAGAUGACCUGGGUAGCCUUUCUGUGGACGUACAGUAUCCUCAAUGCCUGUGGGGGCCUUGAUCCAGGCUCUCAAGGGGAAAUCCUCGUCUCGCAGUCGCCACCAUAUCUCAGGGUCACGGCAGGGGAGAAUGUGGUUAUGAACUGCAGCUUUUCACUCCAGAGCAACGUAACGUCAGUGUUUGUCGAAUGGAUUCUGGAAGAGCAAAAGCUUAUCGAGUGUCAGAGUGAAUCGGUAGGCUGCCAUCAGCCUGACACACAGGAGAAGAUUAAAGUCACUGUCAAUUGGACGUCUCAGUUUUCUACGUUACAUAUCAGAAACAUUGAGCCAAAAGAUAAUGGCACUUACUACUGCAAGAUUCAGGUCGAGAAACCAGUUCCAAUCAAACGAGGGUCUGGAAAUGGAACAGCCGUCAAUGUCACCAAACCAGAAGAAGCAUCAGCUGACAGUAACCAUGACCUCCAAACGUGGCUUCCAUUACUGCUGGCCUUAGGGGUUGUCCUUUGCCUGCUGUACACCACGUAUGACCUGUGUAAAGGCAAACACUUGACAGGAAUGAGAUCAGAAUCUCCAAGCAACAAUCAAGGAGUUGACUGUUCCUCCAAGUCAACUGAGGACAACGUCUACAGGUCGGAUCCCGGAAUACUGUGUCCAGUGUACAUCUCGACACCAACACAGCAGCCAGCCAUGUCCGGCGAGCAAGCCAUCUACUCAGAAAUCUGACUCGGAGUACAUCCUACGUGAGAAACGGAUCGGCAGGGCACAUCGAAGCUUUGUCCUUUCCAGGCAGCCGGUGCUCUUGGUGAGCAGUGCGAGGGUUCCUGGCUGGUUUAGAACUGGGUGCAUGAUGAGUAAGACAUCCAGAGUCAGAAACUCUCCCCAGGAUUGCUGAAUUUCCGACCACUUUGCACUCAACGAAUCUCACUCCAGUCUUAGCCUGCAUCCUCUCUUGUGACUGCCACCCCCUUAGCAGUGAAAUUCUUUCCAGUUUGUCUGUAUGGAUUGCAAUCCCUCACGAGGUCCCAUCGAAAACCCAUUCGCCACUGGUAUUCCCGAUCACGUCUUCCUGUUGGUUCUGCAUCAAUUCGCACUCCAGCCAAGCACACAACUUCCACCUCAGCACCACUAUCAUGUCCGUAAACCUUCUAAAUAGAGAGGCUAGACCGCUUUGGCAUGGUAGUGUAGUGGGCAGCGUAACGCUUUGAUGCACCAGCAAGCCGGUUUGAAACCCCGCCGCUGACAGUAAGGAGUGUACACGUUACCUCCCCAUGACCACGUGGGUUUCCACUGAGUGCUCCCGUUUCCUCGCGCAGUCCAAAGAUGUGCGGGGUAGGGUUAGUAAGUUGUGGGCAUGUUAUGUUGGCACCAGAAGCUUGGCAACACUUGUGCAUAAAAUAGAUAGAUAGUAAGAGUACUGCACAGGAACAGGCCAUUUGGCCCAUAGUGUUGUGCCACACCAGCUAAAAAGCAAAUCAAAACCCCCAAACACCAAUCCCUCCUGCCUAUACCAUGUCCAUAUCCCUCCAUCUUCCUUAUGUCCACAUGCCUAUACAAAUGUCUCUUGAAAGCCUCUACCACCAUUUCAGGCAUCCAUUUUGACUAUGUUGGUCUUUGACACAAGUGAGGCAUUGUUCUGUAUGUUUUGAUGUACAUGUGAUAAAUAAAGCUUUGUCUUUA